AUGUGCCACUACAACAGCAAGCAACAAGACCCACCAGCAGGCAACUCCGAAAUGAUCAACCCCUACUACAGCUACCUUCAGAUGCUUCUGCCUCUGAUGGCUAGCAGUAAUGUCGGCGAGAGCGCCUCGGCUGGAAUCAAUGAAGCACCCGAAGAAGUGACGAUCGCCAUCUAUUCGGAUAAUGCUCGAUGCCUUUCGACUCGCGAAUCCAUGACCAUGAGGUCCAAGCACAAGGCACCGGCCGCCAAGAGGUGUCGGUGGUCUAGUGUUCCAGAUAUUGCCGAGAUUUCCAAGCUGUUGGCGUCCAAGCCAACCACCACCAAGAGCCGAAGAUCCAGUGACGACUUGAGGAGCUUGAUGUUGAACAACUCGAGGGCCCCUCGGUCGACCGAUGACUUGCGCAACUGUCAGUCUACAGGAUCACUACUCAAGCGAUCAGGCAGGCAGGAAGAGAAGCACCAACGAAAGAAGAAUGACAGUUGGGAUCGCAGCCCGUUGGGAAACAGCGGCAGCAGCAGGCCCAAGAAUCCCUUUGAUCUGAGAAUGCCCAUCAUGCCGCUUACCACCACAAACUCGCCACCGGCACCACCCCUUCUGUUGUCUCGUCCAUCCGAGAAGCUUUCUCCCAAGACGUUGAUAUUGAAAAAGCCACAGCGACAGAGCAGCGCCGAGGCUCAGAGAGACCUGGAAUCAGAUACCAAGUCGGUCUUGCAAAAGUUUCUCAAGAACUUGAAGAAGGACGAAGGAGCCGACAGCGAAGUGGACGCAAAGAAACAGGAGCGUACCACUCGCGACAUGCCCCCCAUGUCCGUCCAGAGAGCGGUAUGA